UUCACGAAAGAGAAGCAUUUUGAUUCUCUUAUGCGUCAUGCAUUAUAUUCGUCUACCUCGUCGACGAAGACCUGGGCCAAUAAUAUAUAGAAGAAGAAGCUGUGUAUGUACAUAUAUACAUACAUACACUGAUUAGACUUGAAAAUUAUAUCACUUGACUGAGCCCGACGGCAGGAAUUUAGGUUAUACCGUUAGUUGUAAAAUAUUUAUAUGCAAAUAUGCUGCCCUUACACAUAUUAUCCAAAUGCAAAAUAAGAUCUUCAAGUAGAAUAUUAUUUCAAUGGGUAAAUAUUUCCACGAGAUUGUGCUCUUCAUCUUCGUCAUCUUCAUCAGAUUCAUCUGAUUCUGAUUCUGAAAAAACAAAACCAACAGCAACACAUGUUAAAAGUGCAAGUUCUACAAGUACAACAUCAAAUAACAAAUAUGAUUUGGAAAACUUUUUGAAUAAUAUAAUAAAAGGGAAAAAUACACAGAAAACUAUUGAUGUUGCCAUACAGCCUAAAAAUAAGAAGGAUAAUUCGAAUAAAAAACAUAUGCCUUUUGAAAAGAAAAUAAUAAGCGCGGUAGAAGAUGUGGCCAACAGGCUUGGUGGAGAUAAAACCAAAACAACAUCAGAUUUGCUUGAAAAAGUUCUUGCAUCUAGAAUAUUAACACUGAAAGAACAGGCAAGCACUAAAAUGCAGAAGAAUGUUCGACAAUUGCCAAAAUACGAUAAGCAAAAAAGUUCUGAAGAUAAACAUUUAGAAAAAAGGUCUAUAAUACAAUCCCUGCUGGAUGAAUAUAAUAAGCAACCAGUAAAGAAAGUAGUUGAAGAUAGUAUAGCAAGACAGUUAUUACAUAGUGUUAAAGCAUCUAAAGAGAAGUUACAGGAUACUGAUAAAAAAAUACCUCGUGCCAGAUUCAAAAAUAUCGAUUUGUGGAAUGGAAAGCCUAGUAACAUUUUUGAAAAUAUGAAUGCUGCUUCACCAAAUAUACCGGAAUUAAAAACAUGGGUGUCAUUAGAACAAAGAGAAUUAAAAGCAUUGACAACUUAUCCACCUGCCAAUAUUUUUCAAGAACUAAUUCUUUGGACGGAGCAAGGAAAAUUAUGGAAAUUUCCUAUUGACAAUGAACAAGGGAUGGAAGAAGAGCACAAUGUUCAUUUCUCAGAACAUGUAUUUAUGGAACGUCAUUUGAAGGGAUGGUGUCCUAAAUCAGGACCAAUUCGUCAUUUUAUGGAAUUAGUGUGCACUGGACUUUCAAAGAAUCCAUACUUGACAGUUGAAGAGAAAAUUGCACAUAUUAUGUGGUAUAAAGAAUAUUUUGAAUCUAAACAAGACCUGUUGCAAGAAGUAGGAGCAAUUCAUCAGCCACUCUCUGACAAAAUAAAAGAAAUUAUAGAAUAAAAUGACAUAUACGCGCGUGGGUAACUUGAAAAGUUUUUUAAGUCAGAAAGAAAACAUUUUUUCGUAAAAGUUUUAUUUUAUUUGCCAAUAUAAUCUCCUUUUAAUUCAAUACACUUAGUCCAGCGGUGCUCUAAUUUUUUCAAGCCGUCCAAAAAGUACGAUAGCUGAAACUCUGCAAAAUAGACGUUCCUGGCACUUCAUUCAACGCGAAUUUCUUUCCUUUGAGCCAAAUCUUAGGAACAAAAAGAAGUCGUAUGGGGCCGAAUCUGGAGAGUAUGAUGGAUGAUGAGGCAGCAAUUCGUAUCGUAAUUCGAUCAAUUUUGCAGUGGCAAUUGUGAAUGAAUGGAACGAUGCAUUGUGAUGGAACAACACUUUUUUUCUUGGCCAAAUGAGGGCGUUUUUCCUUCAAUUCUUUGUCAAAACGGCUCAGCAUAGUAUUUUCCCGUAAUUGUUUUUCCUUUUUCUAAGUAGUCGAUGUGGAUGAUGCCUUUAGAAUCCCAAAAAAUAAUGACCAUUUUCUUCCCAGCUGAUGGAACUGACUUAGCUUUCUUUGGGGCCGGUUUACCAGACGAAGUCUAUUGCUUCGAUUUUUCAAAAAGUAGUGUUUUAUCACUGCACGAGAGAGAGAAACUCUUUUUAUCCAUCGUUGAAAAAAUAUUUGACUUGCUUUGUUUGACUGCCUGUAACUAAAUGAUUAAUGGACGCAAUUGUUUGGAAAUUUGACAGCAACCAUAAAAGAUGAUCACAGUGUUAGAAGUAAACACCAUGAAGAUGAUGUACUUUUUGGCCAUUGUCUUUUUUGCGAUACGCGCGCUAUCUUUGUGUGAGAAACUUUUCAAGUUGCCCAUGUGUUAGUGUAUUUCACAAUUUUAAUGUACUUAUUUUUUUUUAAUAAUUUCUUCUUUCACAUAUCUAUACAUAAA